UCGAUCUAUCGACUACGGAUUACGAGGAGUCACAAGGGGGGCUCUGUCACCACUGCUACUUGUGCGACUAUGAGACUGAUUAUCCGUCUCACCUGAAACAACACAUGAAGAUUCACACAGGCAAGCCGCCAUUUCAUUGCCACUUAUGUCCCCAGAGCUUCAAACGAGGCUGCGCGCUGGAUUAUCACCUGCGCACCCACAUGGACGAGCGACCCUUUAAAUGCCUUUCAUGCUCUGAAGGCUUCGCCGAGAUCUCCUCAUUAAGAAAUCACGUGCGCCUCCACGGGCACCAGGAUCUGUUUAAAUGCCCUUCGUGCUCCAAAGCCUUCGCAGUGAAGGCCGCAUGGGAUCAUCACGUGCGCACUCAUACCGGCGAGCGUCAAUUUAAGUGCCCUUUGUGUCCACGAAUCUUCGCGGGGAGGUCCUCACUGAGACCCCACCUGCGCACUCACACAGGGGAGCGUCCAUAUAAAUGUCCCACGUGUGAUAUGAGCUUCGCCAUCUGGACCACAUUGAGGAAUCACAUGGUCAUCCAUACGGGUGAGCGGCCCUUCAAGUGCCACCUGUGUCCAAAGACCUACACCAGAAAAUCCAGGUUAAGUUCCCAUCUACUCAUCCACAAGGGCGAGCGGCCGCACAAGUGCCCCACCUGCUCUCGAAGCUUUACGGAAAAAGGCGACCUGAAAAAGCACAUGCCCAUUCAUCUAGAGGAGAGGCCAUUCAAAUGUCCUUCAUGCUCCCACGGCUUCAAUCAGAAAGCUGCCCUCAAAAGGCACAUGAUUCUGCAUCAGCAAAAAUGACCAUUUACGUGUAAGGUCCUCGUAAGAGACCUGAUUUGGCAGGAACAACAGUGAUGACUUUUAUCAAUGUUCUGGUGUAAAAGGGUGUUUUCUUGUUUCUUUUUCUUCUUUUUUUUAACAGGGGUGAUCGAUUGUUCUCAGAGAACUGUGAGAGCGCUGAGCUGCAUGGAAAAAAAUUAUGCGGUGGUUCAAGUAGUGAUGUUUAGACUUUAUUAUUGUCACUAUGACAUGAUUACGUAAGCAGUAUUAACAUGGGAACAAAUAGCUCUGGACAUUGCAUUGUGAUAGAACGAUAUACAUAAGUGCCUUGUCUGUCGUUUUAUCAUGGUCCCAUGUGUAGUGCUGUUUGUUUCUAUCUUAAGUUGAAGUACCAACUAACCUCGUUAGAUGAACUGCUGGUAUUUGCAGUAAAAUGUGCUAAUUGCAGUAAAAGCCAUAAUUCGUCAUUGUCGUCAGCUACUGCAUGAACAAUUUGCACGAAAUUCCUUGCAAGUGUUUAGCAGAUACCACGCUUCUCAGAAGAAUCACGAAGAAUAGCAUAGGGCAUGCUGGCC